AAACGCCCCUCCCGCCACCCGCUUUCUAAUUCCUCUUACCACCAAGCAACAGCAACAUCAUCAUCACGCUCAAUCAGCCAUGCCGCCGUACAACUUUUCUACUCUCACCGUCGAGAUCAGCCCCGCUGGCGUUGCGCACGUUCAGCUGAACCGGCCAAAGGCGCUCAAUGCCUUCAGCAACCAGAUGUGGGAGGACAUCCACGCGUGCUUCUCGCAAAUGAAGACUGACAGCGACGUGCGCUGCGCUGUUGUCUCCGGCUCCGGGCGGAUCUUCACCGCCGGUCUUGAUCUCAAGGAUGCAGUCCAAAAUCCAACGUUCUCCGGUAAGCACGACGAGUCAGCCGAUGUCGCGCGCAAGGGGUACUACCACCGGUUCCAUAUCCACCACUGGCAAGACUGUCUCUCGGCGAUGGAGCGGUGCGAUAAGCCAGUUAUUGCCGCGGUUCAUAACGCCUGCUUUGGCGCGGGCGUUGACUUCAUCACCGGAUGCGAUAUCCGCCUGGCGACCGAGGACGCAUACUUUUGCGUCAAAGAGGUUGAUAUUGGCAUGGCUGCAGAUGUCGGCACGCUGCAGCGCCUGCCCAAGGUCGUCGGCAACGACAGCUGGGUGCGCGAGGUAUGCUAUACGGCGCGCCAAGUACCGGCCAAGGAGGCACUAGCUGUCGGACUUAUCAGCGGUGUGUACAAAACCAAGGAGGAGAUGGUCAAGGCUGCGCUGGUGAUGGCUGAGACUAUCGCCAGCAAGUCGCCGGUUGCUGUUGUCAGCACCAAACACCUGCUGAAUCAUGCCCGUGAUCACACAGUCCAAGAGGGGCUUGAGUACACCGCGCUGUGGAACGCAUUGGCGCACAACUCGAAAGACAUGGGUGUCGCGAUGAUGGCCAGCCUGCAGAAGCAGAAGGCGACGUUCCCCAAGCUAUGAGCAUUUAGGAUAUAGUGCCAAUAUACCAGUUAUAGUAGG